UCCGGGCCUUCUGUCCUCGGAGUGGAGCGAUUACUUCCGGUCCGGCUGGUCACCUAGGCAACGGGGCCUCUUGGUGGAGGCUUGUAGGAGCCGAGGCGCGAUGGCGGAGGUGACAGCUCGGCCGACUGCAUCCCUACCAGCAGCAACAGAACUUCCCAGAGGCAGGUCAGGAAGAGUGCCCGACCUUCCCAUUCUGGAGAAGAGAAACUGGCUGAUCCACCUGUACUACGUGCGCAAAGAUUACGACGCAUGUAAGAUUGCCAUAAAAGAGCAACUGCAGGAAACCCAAGGAAUGUGCGAAUACGCCGUCUACGUUCAAGCUUUGAUCUUUCGCUUGGAAGGAAAAAUCCACGAAUCUCUGGAGUUUUUCCAGACGUGUGCUAUUCUCAGGCCUCGAUCUGCCGACAACCUCAAGCAGGUGGCUCGCUCCCUGUUCCUUCUGGGCAAGCACAAAGCAGCCAUUGAAGUCUACAACGACGCAGCUCAACACAACGAGAAGGACUGGGAGAUCUACCAUAACCUGGGAGUGUGCUACAUGCAGCUGAAAUAUUUCCACAAGGCCAAAGAUCAACUGAACAACGCCUUGCAGCUCAACCAACAUGACCUGACGUACAUGACACUGGGGAGAAUCCACCUGAUGGAGGGGGAUCGAGACGCAGCCAUUGAAAUCUAUAAAAAAGCAGUGGAAUUCUCUCCUGAAAACACAGAGCUGCUUACAAUUCUGGGCUUGCUUUACCUCGAGCUUGAGAUUUAUCAGAAGGCCUUUGAAUACCUUGGAAACGCUCUUACCCUCGAUCCCUGCAACUAUAAGGCCAUUUUGGCAGCUGGCAGUAUGAUGCAAACCCACGGGGACUACGAUAUGGCUCUCAGCAAGUACCGGAUCGCGGCUUGUACCGUUCCCGAGAGCCCCCUGCUCUGGAACAACAUCGGGAUGUGCUUCUUUGGCAAAAAGAAAUACGUGGCGGCCAUCAGCUGCCUGAAACGGGCCAACUACCUCGCACCCUUUAAUUGGAAGACCCUGUACAACCUCGGACUGGUCCACCUGACGAUGCACCAAUACGCCUCCGCCUUCUACUUCAUCAGCGCAGCUGUCCAUCUCCAGCCAAAACUGGCAGAACUUUAUAUGUUGUUAGCAGUUGCCUUGAGAAAUCUUGAAGAUCUUGACAAUGCGAGGCUAGCCUAUCAGAAAGCUUUGUCGCUGGACACGAGCAACCCACUCAUCAGUCUGAAUUACGCAAUCCUGCUAUACAAUCAAGGUGAUAAGAAGGAAGCUGUUGCCCAAUACUACGAGAUGCAAAGAAAGGUUAAUGCGUUAAAAGGGAGCACGCUGGAUUUUGACCCCGAGAUGGUGGACAUAGCCCAGAGGCUGGGCGCUUCCUUACAGCUCGGAGAGGUUGCGAUCUGGAAUAAACCCGGUAAAGACUCAAAACCGAAGCCACGAGGGGCUGCACCCAGUGCGCAGCCAUUGGGUUCCAAUCAAGCUCUGGGGCAGGCCAUGUCUUCUGCGGCUGGCUACGCAAAGACCAUGAGUCAAGUUAUUGGAAGCUCAACAACACACCUGGCAAAGGUUCCUUCCGUACCUUUGGCCCCUAAACCCGACGAACCUCCUCCUCCUGAGGAACUCUCGUCUACUCUAAAACCGCAGGAGCAGACUCAACCCAUCGCACAAGCCGAGGAAUCUUGAAGAAAUGGCCAACUUGGAACUGCCUAUUCAACCUAUUGGAUGCAUAGGGACAAAGUGCAUUUCGCGUCCUACAAACUUUGCACCAGACCAAAGAGUGCAGCAGUCCUCAAGCUCACAAUUAGCUGAGCAGAUCCUCAGGAGUUGGGUGGUUUCCUUAACAUUCCACAUGUCGGCUAAUGAAAGAUAGGGGCAAGGUUUGAGUAGCUUUCCCUGGAAGCCAUUGGACCUUCCCGACAGGAAGAGAAGUGAGUUUAUUAAGUUUCUACUACGCGAUGUCUAUAGAUUUUUGAGAGUAGUAAGCCCUUUGUAGUUUAAUAUUUUUCUAGUGAGGCCGAGUUACUUUUUGGUUGCAUUACCAGCCGUGGUGGCACAGUGGUUAGAAUGCGGUGUUGCAGGCUAAUUCUGCUGACUGCCAUCAGUUCGAUCCUGACCGG